AUGCAGACCCUGCCAGGAGAGGAGGAGAUACAAGAUCUUCUGUCCUGCCAGCUCAACACUUCCUGCCAGACGCAGGUUCGCUCCAGGAACGAGUCUGCCCUCGUCUACACGGCCCUCUCCUUUGUGUCUUUGCUGACGGUGCUGCUCAACAUGCUGGUCCUCAUCUCCAUCUCCCACUUCAGGCAGCUCCACACCCCCACCAACGUCCUGAUCUUCUCCCUGGCCCUGGCCGACCUCCUGGUGGGAGCACUGAUGAUACCUCAGGAAUUGAUCUCCAGAUCCAACCCAUGCUGGUACCUGGGCAGGCUGAUGUGUACUCUGGUCCCCUAUGCUGGCUGCAUCUUUACCUGCUCAUCGAUAUGGAACCUGGCUCUCAUAUCUGUCGACCGCUACAUUGCCGUGUGUGAACCACUCCUGUAUCCCUCCAGGGUCACCAUGAGGAGAACUAUUUCAUGUAGUAUUCUGAACUGGAUUUGUUCUUUCACUUACUGUGGUUGGUUCCUGGUGGACCACUUUGGUAACCCACAUCCCUACCACAGUUGUACUGGUCUGUGUGUGGUAAUAUUUUCACCCACGUCUGGGAUGGUUGACCUCUUUGUUUCAUUUAUCUGCCCUUGUUGUGUCAUAGUUGUUCUCUACAUAAGAAUAUUCACUGUUGCAAUCUCCCAAGCCAGGAGCUUUAAGUCCAACUCAGUGAGCAUUGAGUCUGACUUGAUGAAGACAAGUAAAUCAGAGAGAAAAGCAGCCAAAACUCUCAGUAUAGUUAUAGUAGUUUAUCUGCUUUGCUUUGCUCCAUACUUCAGUUCACUUUCCCCUAUCGACUGGUUUUCACAGGUUGUUAUAAUUUGGAUUUUUCAGAUGAACUCCUGUCUAAACCCUCUGAUCUAUGCUUUCUUUUACCCGUGGUUUAAAAAGUCUGUGAAAUUCAUCAUAACCCUGAAGAUACUGCAGCCCUUCUCCUCUGAACUCAACCUGAUGUAG